ACUAAAUGUAAUAUGUAUAACAUGCUUGGUUAGGACAAGCCCAGACAGAGGCCGUGUCAAGAAAGUCAGUGCAAGGGCGCACAGUGAGAGCUUUGUAGCCAUCUGAUUCAGACCCGGCGCUGUGAUUCCUCUCCGCGGUUGACGCCAUGGGUUUGUUGGAUGCGCUUUUCCCCUCCGUCGCAGAAGACUUUCCGAAUCCCAACGCCAAACUGCUCCCGUCAUGCUUGGAGCUCAGCAAGGAGAAGCGCGUGGUGAUCGUAGGUGGUGGACCUGCUGGUGUUCACAUGUCAGCCUGUUUGGCGACCAAGGGCUUCAAACAUGUCACCCUCUUGGAGGCUGAGGUGGAGGUAGGCGGCAAGUCGCUCACCGUUAUCGAUCCCUCCCAGCCGGAUGUGCCACACGAGCUGGGCACGUGCUACAUGUCUCCCAGUUACGAGCUCAUCCGCAAGCUUCUGAAGGAAUAUGACCCGACGAAUGAGGAGAGCACGUUUGCCAACGAGAACAAGGGGCGGAUGGUCUUUGGAAUGAACCUAUCAGAUGAAGACAAGCGGAAGUACACCAAAGGGAUGGAGUAUUUCGAUUGGGUCCUAGAGGAGGUGGAGAUGAAAACCACGAGCAAAUGCUGCCGCUGUUUGCCCAACAGUGCCCAGAGUGUGCCCAUCUUUGCCGCACUGAUCAAGUAUAAUAAGUUGCACGACAGCAUCUUCGGGAAGUUUCCGUAUGGUAUGCCGCCAAAGCCCAAAGAUUGGAGCAAGAUUGACAUGACAGCCAUGGAGUUUCUGAAAAAGAACGGGCUUGAGAUCUUGGAGCCCGUCUUCCUUUACACCCAACAGGUGCAAGGCUAUGGUUUGUUGGAUAAGAUCCCAGCUUUCUAUCUUCUUUGGUGGCACCACCCCGAUGUCAUGAACGGCACCAUCCGUUCCAUGCUGGGCUCUGACGAGCUUUUGGUCUCCCUGUUGAAGAACGGGUAUCAAUCGCUCUGGAAGAAGAUGGUGGAGCGGCACAGCAAGGAGGUGAACUACAUCACCGGUGCACAGGUCACCGGUGUGAAACGCACGCCCACGGUGGAGGUGAAGUACAUGCACGAAGGUGCCGAAAAGACCUUGGAGGCCGACAUCUUCAUCAGUGCCAUUGAUCUCCGCAGGUUCCGGCACUUAAUCACUGACCUGGACCCGGAAGAGGAGAAACUCUUCUCACGGCUGACCGCGUCUUCGUUGACCACGACACUCUACAAAGGGAAGACCACCGAGCACGAACACACCGUGGAGUUCUGGUUUGGCAAGAUGGGCAACCCAGUGAGCCCGCCCGGUUCGACGGGCCACCCGGUCGCCCAGUUCUAUGGGCAUCGGAACAGCCGCAUGGCAGCCAGGCCCAGCAUUCCCAGCAAUGGAGUUGAGCUCCGCGUCGCCUAUCAAUACAUGGACCGCCCGAUUGAGUCGGGGGAUGCUUCCAAGCUGGUGACCACACUCGAGGAGAACCUGAAGACCUACGCAGGGGAAGAGCCCACUGAAGGAAUGCUAGCUUUUCAGCCUCCAACGUUGUCACCUUCAAGCCUUCCAAACCUGCCAGCCCCGCCCCCCCAAAUCUGGAAUCUGGAACCGGGAAAUGCCGCGCCCGGAUGUGGAACGAGGAAGGUGGACGUCUUGAUCCAGAAACCAUGGGACUACUUCCCGCGUUUUGAUGCCAAAGGCCUGCGAGAAGGCCUUCCAUGGAAGAUUUUGGACUUGCAGGGCCAGAGAAACACUGUCUUCAUCGGUUCGUCAGUGUGUUUCGAGAGUGCGCUGGAUGUUGUGGCUUACAACUUGAUGCUUUGCAAGAAGAUUUGCGCUUGAGCAUGCUUGAGUCAAUUGAGCGAAGCAGUGAUCGGUCCACAUGACGAUAUCCUCAAAUGAGAACUGUCUCAAAAACGCUGAAGGCGACUUAGGGUUCUAUUUUUUGACGCACCAUCAACAAACGCCAACGAAAGAAGCCUUGUCAAUUGUUGCAAGCGGUUGGCUGCACUGUGAACCUCCCUUGAUGGAUCCGCGCUGAAAUCAGCAGCGGACCAGCAGAUGUCUCCAGACCUGGCCUCAAUGGCUUCAGGAAGCUAAAAAA